CCAAAAAAUUACUAAGCCAUACUAAAAUUCAUCUCUCAGAAAAUUUCUCUGCUAAUAAUUUGCCCUCUCCAAAACCACAUUUUCGUAUGGUUAGGGUUUUAGCGCCGAAUUCAUGGCCGCCCUCUCCAUCCCCGUCGUUCAUAAACCUGGGCUCUUAUGCAACAAAACCAAAACCCCAAUUCGAUUCCACGUUCUCCGUCCUGUCUCAUUACCGAUAACUACUCUACCACUGAUUUCUGUUUCAAGUUUUCUGAACGCGAGAAAUCAUGCUGUACAUCGAAAACAGCUAACCUUCUUGAAAGCAUUUAGGGAUGGAGCGACUGUGUUUCUCCUGGGAUCAUAUCUCUUAUUCGGCAGGUGCAGCGGGAGACUUUCUUUGGCCCUCGCUGAUCCUAUCCAGAGCAACUUUUCGGAAAGUUUGGAAGAGAAAAUUGAAAAACAGAAGAAAGAGGAACGGGAUGAUGACGACGAGUUAUAUGCGAAACUUUUGAAGAAGAACCCUGCCGAUGUCGAUAACCUAAAGUUGUGUCUGUAUGCGAAAAUGAAGAAGGGAAAGAGGGUGGAGGCCGUUAAGUAUCUAGAGAGGUUGAUAGCCUUGGAGCCGGAUGAGGUCGAGUGGAGAUUGUUGCAUGCUUUAUCAUAUGAAUUGAUGGGCCAAAUUGGAAAGGCAAAGAAGUUGUUUAAGGAGAUUCUCAAGGAAAGGCCUUUGCUGCUCAGGGCAUUGCAUGGUCUAGCAUUGGCCAUGUAUAAGAACAAGGAAGGCCCUGCUGCUUUUGACUUGUUGUAUAAGGCUCAAGAUCUUGCACAUCGCGAGAGGAGAGUAAGUGAGGAGAGGAGCAUCAAAAUCUUAAUUGCGCAGAUGUAUGUAGUGAAGGGUGAUUUAGAAGUGGCUUUAAAACAAUUUGAAGAUCUCAUCAAGGAAGAUCCUCGAGAUUUUCGGCCUCAUCUAUGCCAGGGGAUUAUCUAUAGCUUACUAGAGAGGAAGACAGAAGCAAAUGAGCAGUUUGAGAUUUAUCAGAGCCUUAUCCCUGACGAAUUCCCACAACGGGGCUUUAUUGAUGAUGUAAUUCUUGCAGCCAAAACUGAAUCCCAAGAACAACUGAGGAAGGAAGUUCAAUCAGAAGGCAAUUGAUCCGCACAUAAAUUUGGUCAGAACUCAGAAGGCAGUCAAUCUAUAGGUUUUAUUGAUCAUUUCCUUCGUUGCGGUGUGGUGGAGGGGAAUGGUUGUUUGAAAGCUUCAUUAUUCGGUUAAGUUCUAUAACCUAUUCAAAUCUUUCACAUGUACUGAGCUGCAGAAUGGCAUGGUUAUGCAGUCUACAAACAUCGUAUCUCAAUUUUAAUUAGGGGUUGCAAGCAGUAGAAUUUUAUUGACAUGUAAAAUAAAUGCAACAUAUUUUAAAUCUAGGAAAUUAUUGUGUUUUGUUUUAAAGUUAACAAUAAAAUAAAAAAAGCAAACUUAGGCAACAGAUUUGCAAGUA